AUGACGACCGAAUGGCCUUAUGAACCCCUUCAUGUCCAUGAUCUUCCCCAACUAUACCAGAAACCCGCUGCAUCUGCCCUGCUUGAUGCAUUAGCUCGUUUGUCCCUGAAGCCAUCUCCUUUCGUCACAGGAGGUGAUAUUCCUCAGGCUCAAAUUGCAGAACAAGGAGUGCCACGAUACUUGACCCAAAUCGUCUCCUCCAGUCUAGCUUGGAUAGAUGAUGACCUCGUCAAGGAGUCCAUCUGGUCUGCUGCAAGCACGAGAUUGAGUGAACGCUCCGGAAGGAAUGCAUUGCCUGAUCUGACUCGGACUUUCGCCAUCAAUGAUCACCUCUCCUUUCUCAUCCAUGAACCUACUCUCACCGGCGACCAUCUGGGGCUCAAGACGUGGACGUCUUCUCUCCUCCUGUCUCAACGUUUACCUGAACUCCGUAAGUAUAUUGUGGAUGAUUGUUCCAGAGUGCUGGAACUCGGCUCUGGCACCGGUCUCGUGGGAAUGGCGGCCGCUUGUGCCUGGAAUGUUCACGUGCUGCUGACUGACUUGCCGGAUAUUGUCCCUAACCUCCAACGCAAUCUUGAUGAAAACAGAGAAGUGAUCGAUCGGCACAAGGGCAGUGCGACUGCGCGUCAGCUAGAUUGGGCCGAUAAGACAGAUAUUCCAAGAGACGAUCAAGACAAAUUCAUGGUGAUUCUCGCUGCAGAUCCUAUCUACUCCACUGAGCACCCCGAGAUCCUCGCAUGCACAGUCCGUCAUUGGAUACAUCCAGACCCGGCCGCUAGGUUCAUUGUUGAGUUACCUCUGCGGGAUCGCUAUGAUGAAGAUAGACAGCUGCUAAGGGACAACCUACGAAAACAAGGACUCGACAUGAUUGCUGAAGGACAAGACAUGGGAUAUGAUGAUUGGCAUGGUCAGGAUGGUAGACCAGCUGAGGUGCACUGCUGGUGGAGUGUCUGGAGACAUUUUCUUCCAGAACCUUCACCCACUUAA